AUGAACGGCCUGACCCAUAUCACUGGUGUAGACAUCACUGGGAGAAUGGAGAGACCACUGGCUGUUGAGCAAGCCACUUACUCCAUCAUUAUUCAUAUGAUUUGGGACAAAUUCUUUAACCCACUGAGUUAUGCCAGACCUCAAAGGGCUGACUUGGGUUGGAAGACUGAUGAGCAUGGGAACACAGACUUCCUUCAGGACAGUUUCACACAAACUUACCAUGACCCAAAGCCUAUAUGCGUUUAUCGAAGUGACUGGCUUUAUAAUGAAAUUACCAUAACUAGGAGCUUUUUUUAUGAUGGAGCAGUAGAUGAGGAGGAGGGGGCUGAAGUGGUAGAGCAGAAGCCAGGAGGUAAAGAAAUGGAAAUGGUGAAGGAAAAUAUGGUGGUAAAUGAGGUGAAGGUCAAGGCAGGUCCCUGGUCCCUGAACGUGGAUGCCCACGCGAGCUCCCUGGAGGCCAUCCAACUAGAAGUGGAACUGAAUGCUCAGGCUGACAGAGCCGUACUACAGUUACAACACAAGUGUGGUCAGGUAUGUCAACACUUCCUAGAGCAGAGGAACUGCAUUGUUCAGAAUAUCCCCAGCUUCUGGGUCAGUGCCUUUUGGAACCAUCGAUAGCUGUCCACCCUGAUUAGAGGCCAAGAAGCAGACAUGUUAAGGUACAUAGCCAAUUUGAGACACCCUAGGGUGGGCUUCAAGUUCUAGUUCUUUCAAAGAAACCCACAGUGCAGAAACAAGCUGAUUGUCAAGGAAUAUGUCAGAUCAUCCGACCAAGUGGAGUCUCUUGCCACUCCAAUCAUAGGGCACCCAGGCCAUGAACUCUAGUCUUCCAUUCAUAGGAAUCGAGACGUCACCUGCAGCUUCUUCAGUUGGUUUUCAGACCACAACCUUCCAGAGCCUGACACAAUUGCUGAGAUUAUCAAAGAGGACCUCUGACCAAAUCCACUUGAAUACUGCCUAUUGUGUGAAGGGGCCCACAGAGUUAGACUCUGCCAGAUAAGGAAGCCAAUGGGGAUCCCUUUGGGUUCCAAUCUGGUUAACCUCUGCCCUUGGAAGUACUCCCAUACAAGAUCCCCUACCACUUCCUGCUGGACCUGUGCCUUGGCAACAGCACUGGGUAUGCCUAUUACUCUUUGUGUACUGAUCUUUCUGCACCCUGCUUCCUUUGAAAACUCACUCUCUCAACUGCAGGAUUGA